AUGGAUGAAAUAAAAUAUUCACACCUACCCGCACCCACCCUAAAGUAUUGGAUUAAAAAUCGUUAUAAUAUUAAUUCAAAUCAUGCAAAAAGAAUUAAUCCUUUACGACAAAGAAAACUUUUAUUAAGAAUUCUUAUUUUACUUCUAUGUAGUUUAAUAAGUCAACAUUCAAAUGUGAUUCCAUAUCGUUUUAUAUCAACACAUAUUGAUCCAUUACGUUUACUUAUUGUUAAUAAAUAUAAUCCAAAAUUUACUAUAAUUAGUUAUAUUAUACUUGAUGAUCGUUUACCAAUUACAAUAUUAAUUAUAUGUCUUGCUAUUGCAAUUGUUUUAUUUAUUGGUGGAAUUCUUAUCGGUCGUUUUGCUAUACCAAGACCAUCAAAUACGAUUGAUAUAUCAACAGAAACUAAACAUUCUGAAGAAGAAUAUAUAACCAUAUGGAAUAAUUUCAAACAACAAUUUCUUGAUUCUAUUAGUGCACAAGAAAUUGAAAAUAAUCUUCGAGAUUAUGCUCAACAAACUCAGUUAGCUGGAACAGAUGAUGAUCGUCUUGAAGCGGAGAUCAUUGCUGGUAAAUGGCGUGGACAUGGAUUAGAUGUAACUAUUCAUCCAUAUGAUGUAUUACUUUCAUAUCCAGAUCCAAUUCAACCAAAUAUUGUAUCAAUUUUUGAUCCAAAUAAUAAUUUAAUAUUUCAAUCAAAUGGAAGUGAAUCUAUAUUUAAUGAAGAUGAUAAAUCAUUACCAUUUCAUAAAAUCGUUCGACCAUUUCUUGCUUAUACAACGAAUGGAACUGUACGAAGUCAAAAAUUAUUUUAUGUUAAUUAUUGUACAAUGGAUGAUUUUCGUUUUCUUGAAACUGUAUUGAAUAAAGAUGAAUUAAAUAAUAGUAUUAUUAUUUGUCGAUAUGGAAAAAUUUUUCGUGGAAAUAAAAUUAAUAUUGCUGAAAAAUAUGGUAUAAUUGGAGUUAUUUUAUAUAGUGAUCCAAUUGAUGUUGUACCAAGUUCAAAUAUAUCUAAUUUAACUUAUCCAAAUUCUAUCUAUAUGCCUGAAAUGGGACAACAACGUGGAUCAGCAUUGACUCUAUCUGGAGAUCCAUUAACAGUACAUUAUCCUGCUAAAGAUUAUAUGUUCAGAACACCAAUAGAUAAUAAUCCUAAUUUACCAAAGAUUGUUGCUCAACAAAUAGGUUAUAAAGAAGCGAGAGAAAUAUUAAUUCGAAUGACUGGAAUAUCUGUUAUAUCGAAUUGGACUGGUGGUUUUCAUCAAGUGAGAUAUGUUUAUGGUGGUUUUCUAUCAGAUAAUUUAUCUAUACAAAUAUCAUCAUAUAAUACAUUACAAAUACGACGUAUACAUAAUGUAAUUGGAACUAUUACUGGUCAUAUUGAACCGGAUCGCUAUGUACUUAUUGGAGCUCAUUUUGAUGCUUGGAAUUUUGGUGCUCUUGAUAAUGGAUCGGACUGGAAACCAAGACGAAGUUUAAUGUUUUGUGCUUGGGCUGCUGAAGAGUAUGGUAUUGUUGGAUCGGUUGAAUUUGUUGAAGAAUAUGCUAAAAUCUUAGGUUCACGUGUUGUUUCAUAUCUUAACAUGGAUGUUAUUGUCGAAGGUACUGAAUUAAUGUUUAUGGAAAUGUCUCCAUUACUUUAUGAUUUUUCUAUUGAAAUAUCUAAACAAGUCAAAGCACCUUAUACUAGUGAAACAAUUUAUGAACAAUGGAUACGUCAUAAUAAUGGUGAGAAAGAUGUUGGAAAAACGUUUUUUACAAUGGGGCUUAGUGCUAAUUCGGAUUAUGCUGGUUUUAAUCAAAUUGUUGCAAGUUCAAAUCUUGCUAUGAUUUAUAAAAAUCAAACUAUUAUUAAAAAUAUUGGUACUUAUCCAUUAUAUCAUACUCAAUAUGAAACAUUUCGAUUAGUUAAAGAAUUUAUUGAUCCUGAAUUUCAAACACAUCAAGCAAUUGCACGAGUUAUUGGUUUAGCAGCAUUCACUCUAACGGAUAUUGAUUUACUUCCAUUCAAUCCUGAAAGAUACCAUCAAGCACUCGUUGAUUUACUUGCUUUAACAAGAUCUGUUGCACCUCAAUCAAUUAAUUUUACAUCACUACAAAAUGCAAUCGAUCAAUUUAAAAAUGCUGCUACACAAUUCAACUAUCGAAUUCAAACUACACUUGAUAAAUCAAAUCCAAUACAACUUCGAAUAGUUAAUGAUCAAUUAAUGCAAGUUGAACGAGCAUUUCAAAAUCCAUUAGGUAAUAGUAUUGAACAAUCUACUCUCAAACAUACAAUUUAUGCACCUAGUCGAACUAAUCGUUAUAAUGCUCGUGGUUUUCCAACUAUAACUGAUGCUAUUGAAGAUCGAAAUAUAACUAUUAUUCAACAACAAAUAUCUAUUGUUACAUAUUUUAUUCAUUCUGCAAUUACUGUUCUUCAAUCUCCGAAUAAGAUUCAAUCAAUAUAA